GCGACAAACCGAAUCCGCGCAGCGAGUAGAUCCGGAGCGCCGCCGUGGCACGCCUUGAGAGCAGCGAGUUUUGUGUGAUUCGGGAGUUGAACAAGCUCCUGGCUGUCGCUCUUCUUAUUUGUUGAAACUGCAGUUUGUCUAGAAACAGUGGGCUGCGUUGCCUGUUAUCAUGAUCAAGCAAGCAUCGGGGUCCUCGCCGGCGGUGGCACUGUCCACUGUUCGUGGCUUUCAGGUGACGCCAGUGGCAUCUGGCGAUGAAGAUUCCGACAAUGGUGUUUGUGACACACCACGCCUGUCGGCCCCUCGUGGUCGUCCUCGCAUCAACGACGUUGUGAGCGCCAACUGCAGCCCGGUCCUGCGCAGCACUGCUUCGCCAAGCAUGUCGGGGAUCGCCAAACUGCGGCUGCAGAUGGAGCCUCUGAGCCUUGAUCCGGCAUCGCGCUCCUCAUCCAUGUCUCGAAAUGGUACCCGCCUGAAUUCUCAGACCAGUCUCGAGGACAUGAGCCGCUCCCAAAGCCGGGAUGGGAGUCGCAGCGAAAGUGGCAGCGACCUUUCUGAUGGCGGGUCGAUGAGUUACGAGGUCAACUUGGAGAACGACUUUGUCAGUGAAAGCGUGCGCGGGAGAUCGUUUAUGGAACCUCUGGAGGGCGGACUGAACCCGAGACGUAAGAUGACGUCGGAUGAUUUCGAGCCGCUGCGAUGCCUUGGCAAAGGAACUUAUGGCACGGUUGUGCUGGUGAAGCAACGCACCACCGGAAAGCUCUACGCUCAGAAGCAGUUCAAGAAGGCAUCUCUGGUCGUCCACAAGAAGCUGGUGGAACAAACCAAGACCGAGCGGCAGAUUCUGGAAUCGGUGAAUCGACAUCCCUUUGUGGUCAAGCUCUUUUAUGCCUUCCAGGACCAAGAGAAGCUCUAUCUGAUUCUGGAGUACGGACAAGGCGGAGAGUUGUUCACCCAUCUCAAUACGGAAAAGAUGUUUUCCGAAUCGGUGGCCGCCUUCUACAUGGCUGAAAUGCUUCUGGCAAUUUCCCACCUUCACGAUACCCUGGGCGUGGUGUACCGUGACCUCAAGCCUGAGAAUUGUCUUCUCGACGCAGAGGGCCAUCUCCUGUUGACGGACUUUGGCCUCUCGAAGGUGGCAGUCGACCAAUCGGAGGACAGCUGCAACUCCAUCUUGGGCACAGUCGAGUACAUGGCACCCGAGGUUAUUCAGGGAAAGAAGUACGGCAAGGCCGUGGACUGGUGGUCGUUUGGGGCUCUCGCAUACGACCUGAUGACGGGAAACCCUCCUUUCAGGGGAGGAAACCAUGCCAAGAUCCAGGACAAUAUUGUCAAGCAGAAGCUCGUGCUACCUUACUACCUCAGCCUGGACGCAAAAGAUCUUCUCACCCGGCUCCUGAGGAAGGACCCCAACAAACGACUGGGCGCUGUGAUGCCCAAGGAUAUGCAAACGAUGAAGAAGCAUCGGUUUUUCCGCAAGAUUGACUGGAAGAAGCUGGCCGCACGGGAGAUGGAACCGCCCAUCCAGCCCAUGAUUACUGAUCCUGAAUUGGCGGAGAAUUUUGCACCAGAAUUCACGGAGCUUUCCUUGAGUCCCACGGUAUCGUCGAGGGACGUUUGGCCCGCCAGCCUCCCUAAGGACGACCCAUUUGGCGGCUUCAGCUUCGUGGCAUCAUCAAGCCUGCUCGAGAGCGGGGGUUACUUGACAGGUCGUUGAAAUAGACUAGGCAGUGCCGGAGAAGCAUAAGCAUGGAUAUUGAACCGGCGUUAAUUGGAGGAGGGGCUUUUCACCUGAGACUGGAAUAGACCGCAUUGUCUAGAUACAUUAUCCAGGGAGAGGGACGAAAGUUACCGA